UUACAGUUUCAUAAAAGGCAAACUUUCCGUUUGGACGUUUGCGGUCAGCUGUGAUAUGGAACCAGCAGUUGUUUUCUUCUUGAGGAUCACUUUGCUUGGCUGCCUAACAUUAACCAAGAGCACUGUGGCAGGUGACAAGUGGACUCAUGCACAUGCUGAAGACCUCCUCUUCAAGAAGCUCUUUGAGGGAUAUAACAAGUGGUCCCGGCCAGUGCGCAACAUCACAGAUGUCGUCAUUGUCAAAUUUGGGCUCUCCAUUGCUCAGUUGAUUGAUGUGGACGAGAAGAACCAGAUGAUGACCACCAAUGUGUGGCUGAAGCAGGAGUGGAACGACUAUAAGCUGCGAUGGAAGCCCUCUGAUUAUGACAACGUCACAUCCAUCAGGGUCCCAUCAGAGCUCAUCUGGGUUCCAGAUAUCGUCCUGUAUAACAAUGCAGACGGUGAGUUUGCUGUGACCCACAUGACCAAAGCUCACCUGUUCUACACGGGCCAGGUGCGCUGGGUGCCCCCGGCCAUCUACAAGAGCUCCUGCAGCAUCGACGUCACCUUCUUCCCCUUCGACCAGCAGAGCUGCAAGAUGAAGUUCGGCUCGUGGACCUACGACAAGGCCAAGAUCGACCUGGAGCGCAUCGAGAACACGGUGGACCUGAAGGACUACUGGGAGAGCGGCGAGUGGGCCAUCGUGGACGCCGUGGGCACGUACAACACCAAGAAGUACGACUGCUGCCACGAGAUCUACGUGGACAUCACGUACUACUUCAUCAUCCGCCGGCUGCCGCUCUUCUACACCAUCAACCUGAUCAUCCCGUGCCUGCUCAUCUCGUGCCUGACGGUGCUGGUGUUCUACCUGCCGUCGGACUGCGGCGAGAAGAUCACGCUGUGCAUCUCGGUGCUGCUGUCGCUGACCGUCUUCCUGCUGCUGAUCACCGAGAUCAUCCCGUCCACGUCGCUGGUGAUCCCGCUCAUCGGCGAGUACCUGCUCUUCACCAUGAUCUUCGUCACGCUCUCCAUCGUCAUCACGGUGUUCGUGCUCAACGUGCACCACCGCUCGCCGAGCACGCACGAGAUGCCCCGCUGGGUGCACGCCGUCUUCCUGGAGCUCAUCCCGCGCUGGCUCUUCAUGCGCCGGCCGGCGCCCAACGCCAAGCGCCGCCGCCUGCUGCGCCUCAGCACGUCCAAGAGCUGGCUGCACGAGGAGACGGACGUGGACCGGACGCCCGUGUGCGAGGAGGGCCGGGCGGGUCUGCGGCUGGGCACGUGGAGCGGGGUGCCCACCUCCUACUCGUUCCCCACGCUGCACCUGCCCGACGUCGACCCGCUGGGCCGGAAGUCGGCCUCGCACCACCAGCUGGAGGGCCUGGCUCCAGGGCUGGUGGGCUCCAGGGGGAGCCUCCUGCUCUCGUCCCAGCGGCUGCCCGAUUUCGGGGCCCUGCAGGCGGACCCGGCCCUGCUGCUCUCCCCCAGCGUGAUUCAUGCCCUGGAGGGGGUGCGCUACAUCGCCGAUCACCUGCGCGCCGAGGAUGCUGACUUCUGUGUGAAGGAGGACUGGAAGUAUGUGGCCAUGGUGAUUGACCGUAUCUUCCUGUGGAUGUUCAUCAUCGUCUGCCUGCUGGGGACAGUCGGCCUCUUCCUGCCACCUUGGCUCUCAGGAAUGAUCUAGGUCACAGCUCUGGGGCAUGGUGAUAACACACAAACACACACGCACACACACACACACACACGCACGCACACACACACACACACACACACACGCACGCACACAC